GAUAAAUUAAUUCCCUAUUUAUUUUCCUAUUUAUUUACUUCCUAUUUAACUAAUUUACUAUUAUUUUUAUGUAGAGGCUAUUUCAACCUGGGUUACACCAGCAUGGAUAAUCUAGGCAGAAUUUGAUAGUCAAAUUGGAAUAAACCCAACACAGAAGGAGCUAAAGGCUACCAGUUUGCUAAUUGGCUAUCUGCAAAGCAAACAAUGAGAGCUACCACAAUGCUGAAAGUUUGCAUCUAUAAUUUAUAUAAACACAAAGUUGUUGUUCACAAAGUCAGUUCACAUUACAUAAAUAAUAAUUAAUUCACAUUUUAACUUAUUGUUGCAUGCAAACAUUGACAUCCAAACAGGUAAGACAUGAGGUUUUAGUGAUUUUAUCUUCUUUCUAAGGUAAUUCUGACCUUCAUCAAUAAAAAUGAUCUCUGUCACUUGAUUCAAAUCUCUGCAAUAAAACUCUAAAGAGAAACAAACAGAAAAGCUCUCAUACUUUCCUGUUUUCAUUUCUUUGAACUGGUUCAUUUUAACAACCUGACUAACUUUACAAGAGAGUGAGCCAUAAUGGCAAAAAUUAUAAACAAAAAUAAAUUAUAACAUUAACCAAGACUUACAAUUUGAAAGUAAAUAAACCAAAUGACAAAAAUGUACCUUCCUAAAUAAAAAUGAAGAUGUGCAAAAAUAAAUAGCAGCUCACUCCUACAAGCUCCUUUAAAUAUUUAUAAAGCAUCACGUUGUCGUCUCCGGUCUUCAGGCGUUUGCAUAACCAAAGCAUCUUAUGACAGCGGUCACCACAAAGGUUACCUGAUGAUUCGAUCUUAGUUUAGCAGAACUGAUUUGUUCAUCAUGUCGCUCUCUGUGCUGCUGCUGAUGAUGGUGAUAAUCGACCGUACAGACGCUGGUUAUACUAGUGGUGUCUUUACAUACACCUCUAAAGAUGUACAAGGAAGCAAAUUUACAGUAAGUUCACCUUUUUCGAAGUUUCUUUUAUGUCCUUUAUUUAAAAAUUGUUUUGUAUUUAACACCUUUUCAUUUUAAAUCUGCAGGUUGUGCGUCGUUUUAAGUUUGGCCACAGUUCUUGUGCGGAAGGUGAAACAUGGUGGUGCCCUGGUUGUAGUAAGAAGAUUGAUGAAAGCAGCGGUGAAUGGUGUCUGAGAGAUUUCACCUGGAAGAUCACUAAUUUGAAGUUUGACUAUUAUUGGAACGGGUAACUGAAUCUCAACAAAAAUAUCUAACAUUUCUCAGAUGUUCCCAUAAAGUGACUAAAUCUAAAAUUUCUACUGAAUUAAAUCUCCUGUUAGUUUUCUGUUCUGCUGCUCUGUAAAGUUUUMUGUGUUUCAGAAACUCUGAGUAACAUCAGAAAUCUUCCCAACAUCUUCUGUUAAAGGUGGGGGACUGGAACCUGGAUAAACAACAGAAACGGUGUUUCAUCUGGGCGAUUUCAGAUAACAUCUGAGCUGAGAAAACGAUCCGACAUCAACAGACCGAACUCAUCACCACAGACCACCAUCAUCCCUGUUAUGAGGUAAUUCAGUUUUUACAUCAUGUUAAUAACUAAUCAGAAACAGUUGGUGUCUCUAGUUGAACAUGAAGAAUAGUUUGAUUCUGUUAAUAUUUUAAAAUUAUUUCUUGUAAAGCCUAACCAUGAAGCUUUAAUAAUUAGAAGAAUUUUACAAAUUAUAUCCAAAUGCUGUGAAUUGAUUUUAUCUUUAAAAGAGAUCAAAUAGAUUCAUGGAGAAAAAUAAACUAAAACAUAAUGAAAUAAAAACACUGAAAUACAAAUCAGGCGAGAUACUGAAGAUUCCUGAUGUAAAUAAAAUAAUUUGAGCAGAUUGUUUUUUGUGAUGUUUGUUUCUGUUUCUCUCAGAGUUCCUUCAAACUGUCAGAGGACUAUCAGCUUGUUGACCUUUGACCCUGAUGGAGAYAAUGUUMAAUGCAGAUAUGGAUCCAGUUCCAGUAACUAUGAGUGCAUCACCUGCACACCUCCGUCUGUCCUCAGUCUGUCAUCACCUUGUUCUCUAUCAUUCAGUCCAACCAGCAGCAGCUUUGAAGGUUCAUAUGCAGUUCAGCUGGUGAUGGAGGAUUUUCCCACACAGACCAUCAGUCUGACUAAUUACAAUGGUUCAACAUAUUCAUGGAGCCCCAGCAGCUUCAUGAGCCAAAGCUCUGUUCAAUUUAGUUUCAAAGUGGAUCCUGCAGCUCCGUCCUGCACAGCAGGUGAAUAUCUGCCCAGGUUUCUGCCUCCAACUCCUGAACAUGGAGCUCAGUUCUUCUUAGACGUUAAUGAGAUGAUAGAAAUCAACAUCACAGCAGAGGCGACUCAGUCUGUGAUCACUGAGCUCCUGUUCAGCGGACCGUUCAACAUGGUCAAGAGUUCAUCUGGUUCAGGAAAUUUCACCCUGACAUGGACGCCGUCUGCCACUUAUGAUGAUAAAGAAACUCAUCCCAUCUGUUUUACUGUCCAGGCAAAUGCCUCCAGUUCUGUCUACCAGUCUGAUCUUCGAUGUGUCCUUGUGAGGGUUGGAAACAUUCCCCCCACAGCACCUCCAAGUCCUCCUCCUAAAACAUGUAAGUAGGAUGAAAACAGGACUGAAAGUAACAGGAAGUAGUUCUUUAUGUASCCCAGUUAUACCGCUCUAAAGUAGGUACGGGCCCCUGAGUUCGUUAAACCCA